GCACUGACGUCAUCUUAUAAACAAUAUGGCAGAGAGCAGAUGAGAUGUGUGUAUGACGACUGAGUCUGAGGAAGCAGGGCUUAUUUUGGGGGGGCUAUUGUAGGACAAGGAGAUUCGGGAUUUAUCUAUGGAUUUCAUCUUAUAGACGAUCCAGAGACUGUUAUACUUAUAGAAUAGAAUUGAGAGGGGGACGGUAUAAAGUUAAAAGUAAAUCUAAGACUGAAGUCAAGACAAGAGACCAUCCACCCGGCGUAGAAAUGGGAGCUGCGAAUUCAACGCGUGAUUCGGCAAGUGAGUCCUCAUCUGCACCCAAGGAGUCGGGGCAAAAUGGACAGAAUUUCCGCUCCGACAAUGAGCGAGUUAUGCAGCUUGCCAGGGCAAUGACGACUGCAAAGAAAAGACGCCAUCAGACUCCUUCAUCAUUAAUGGCUAGUCAGGGAAGUGACUUUGAAACGUAUAAUGAGAGUAUCUUUAUUCUGAAGCAGUUGUUCAAGCGUAUGGAUCCAGCUGUCACCAAAACAUUGGGAGAUGCCAAGGGAGAGGUGAAACUGUCCUUGAAAUAUGAUAAAAGAAGGAGUAUGCUUCUUGUAAAGGUGGUAUCCGCAAGGGAUCUCAGUGCAAAGGAUAUUAGAGGACGCACAUCCGACCCAUAUGUUCAGAUGGAACUCAUACCUGACCCCCAUGAUGAAGGGAAGAAGUCAACACAGUACGUAAAGAAGACACUUAGUCCUACGUAUAAUGAAAUCUUCACCUUUAAGUUGAAUGAAGAGGAAAUAUCAGAGACCCAGUUGAGAGUUAGAGUACUGAGUCAUGAUCCUUUUGGAAAGGCUGACUUCAUGGGUGAGAACAUCAUUCAACUUGGAAGAAUGGAUUUUAGUGAUAUCAUUACCAGCUGGUUUGAGCUGCAACCAGAGACUGAUCUGGAUAUCCAAGGGGAGCUGAAGAUCACAUUGACAUACCAACUACCUGAUACCCUGAAGGUAAGGGUUCACAAUGCAGAGGGAUUGGUCUGCAGGGAUCCUAAGAAGAUGCCACAUCCCUAUGUAAAGGUACUUAUCCCUGGCAUACACAAGGUUGAAGAGACCAAGGUCCGGAAGAAUACACUGGAUCCUGUGUGGGAUGAGACCUUUGACUUCUCACUGGCUCGGGAAGAAUUUGCAAAUAGAUAUUUGGUCUUGCAUGUACUUGAUAAAGCUCUGAUUGGAGACAGUGAGGAUAUGGGACAGGUGUUCAUUGAUCUUGAUAAUCUAGAUAUUAAUCAGGGAUUUUCAGGAAAUUUUCCUUUGACAGAUCUGAAAAACUCUGAAAGGACGAGGACAAAGUGGUCGCAGACUGCUACUGUGCAAGAGUUCCGAGAAGCUAUGUAUGCUCAUUCUGUGUACAGGUACCCAGGUUUAGUCUUUCAGAAACACAGAGGCAACAAGGUGUUGACAGUCCACAGUCGUAAGGCGGGAUCUUCUGCAAAGGUACGAAUUGUGAAUGGAGUACCCACGUAAAACUUUACAACAGUUCCAGCAUAGUUAAUUCUGAAUCAGUUAAGGCCACCGCACACCUUACGACUGCUUGCGAUCCGAUUUUGGAACAAGUCGCAUUUUGCUCAUUUUCUGGAAAUGUUAAUGAACAUAUCAUUUUAUCUAAGGUUAAAAUUAAUUGAAAGAAUACUGAUAUAACCAUUUUGAAAGAUGGCAAGCCUUUAUUUUGGAAUAAAGGCCAAAUUAGUUUCAAAUCGUAGCCAAUCGUACGACUGCUAUGACGUCAUUACGACUAGAUAUUAAAUUCGCUUUUAUUCUAAGAAGGAUGAUAUCAUAGUCACAGAUUUGAACAUAGGUAUGCGUAAGAUUAUUUAGAACAUUACACAGUAAGAUAUUCCAAUUCUGAAUACUAGCAUCAAAUUCUACAACAUUUUAUUCUGAAAUAGGGUCGCAGACCAAUCGUAAGGUGUGCGGUCGCCUUUAGAGGUUGUCACACAAGGCUAGGAGCAACUUCAUGACAUAUUUGAUUCUACUCUUGGUGAUUGAGAAUACCUUUUUGGUUGGUAAAGACCAUGUAUGAAUGUCAAAUAUCCCCCUUUAAUAAUGAGCAUUUAAAAAUCAAGAAAUCUUGGGCUUAUCAUCUUUUCUUAUGUAGUUUUAUGCUCUAUUGAAAAUAUUUAUUAAUAUUUCUAUUUAUUUUAGUACUCUACAGGGGUGUAAGAGUUCAUUUUUUUUAUAGCUGAUUUCAGCUAUUUUUGCUUAUGACUUUCAGCUUAAUGUUAUUUUAUUUUAGCUUUCUUCUGUACUAAAGUAUUGGAGCUCUUUCAAUCUUGGCUUUUUUUUUCAACACUGCAUUUGUUUUCAGCUCUUUUUAUUUGUGAUGACACACCCCUGAAUGUAGCUCUAGCUUUUGUAUGACAAACAGAUAUAGCAUGACUUUACAUUUGUCUGUACUACAAACUGCCACAUGCUGAUCACUUUCUAUCUCUAGUCCUCGCAGUAAGAAACCUUUGAAAAUGGGAUUGGUCAGUUGUGUACACUUAGGGCAUGUAUGAACAUGUGUGUCCUGUCUCCAGUAACAAGAAAAAUGCAAACAAUCAACUUAUUUAAUAUAAGUCUUAAGCAAACCAUGGAUGGUCUACUGAAUUACAAUUCUCUACAAAUUUUGAAUAUCUUCCUUCAUAUUACAAGGCCAUGAUAUGUUUGAUAUAAGAUGCUUUUUAUUCUUUCAUCCAUAAAUCCAUUUCACCUUUUGUUGAUUUUUGUCAAGCCCACCGAAGGUGGAAGGAGACUAAGAAAUCAAUUUAGCAUUCAUCCGUCCUUUUGUUAUGCUUACAAUCAUUGUAAAUAACACUGUGCUAAAUACUAACAUUUUAGUCAAAUUUCUAUGAAAAAUUGAUCAGACAGACCUUUAAAUUCAGAAAUAAAUGAAGGUCACCCGCUGAGGCCCUCAACCUUUUGAUCCAAUGUUUGUGUAUACAAAUCCUUAUAAGACUAAUUUGGGAACCUAUAAAGUAGGAUAGGCAAUAAUUAUGAAAAUUUCACCUUGAGAUUUUUAUUGAAAUAUAGUAGAAAGAAUGAUGUUAAAUAAUUUAUGAAUGAUUUACCAUUGUUAUUCUCUUGUUGGUAUCUCAUCAAUGUUUUGUAAAUGGUACAUUUAUUAUCCAUUAAUGAUUUGAAUGUGAAUGAUAAUUAUGAGAUUUAUCUUACAAUUUGUAUGAAAAACAUUACUUGUAUAUAUUGAUGUAUUUUUGUAUACCAGAUCUAAUUAUUUUAAUGUGCAAGUUUCUGUAAAUAUUGAAUCUUUCUUACGUAGAAUUAACCUAUAUUAGCAGGGAUAACUAGAAUAAAAGCAACUCAUUUAUUUUUAAAAAAAGUGUUAAAAGUGUGUGUGUGUGUGUGUGUGUUUCCAUUUUAAGUACUUUUUGCUGUGUAUUUGAAUCAUUAAUCAAUUCACUUUGUUUGAUUUGAUUUUGAUAUGCCAUUAUAUACCACAAAUGAUAUAAUAACCACAUUUAAAGGAAAUAUACAUGCAUUGCAAGACAGACUACACAAGAACAAUGUAUAAAUGUAACAAAGACAGUAUAGUGUAGCUAAGUGCCCUGUAAUACAAAGUUUUAUGGUAAUGCUGAUUUUUAUACAUGAUUAUUUACACUGUUGGUCAUAAAGGUGGAAUAUUUUUUUUAACCAAAUUUUCACAGCGUAAUUAUUACAACAUGAUUUGAAUAUGGCAUUUAUGGUGCAUGAUAACCACUUUACUUUAUUAUUCUGCCUUUUACACACGUUUGACAGUGAUAUUUUACAAGUUUAUGUCCUAAGCGAUGGAUGUCAUGAGCAUAGAACAACAAUGACGACAAUAUACAGUAAAUUAAAGGAUCAUGAGAUAUUUAUUUUCAAUCUCUCUCAGUUUUCCAGAUGACUUCUUUUUUGUGAUUUCAUGGAAAAAUUUGCAUCAAACUUGAGUCAUUGUUCUUACUCAGUCACUAGUAUCGGGUAUGUCCACCCCUGGCACGAACCAGCGCAUGCAGACGUCGUGGCAUGCUGUCCACUAGCUUGUUGAUGACGUCAACAGGCAUAGCGUCCCAUUCUUCCCUCAGAGCAUCUGCCAACUCCUGCAGAUUUUGAGGAAUGACCUCUCUGUCGUUGAUGGCUCGGCCUAGGGCAUCCCAUGCAUGCUCUAUGGGGUUCAUAUCCGGCGAACAAGCUGGCCAUGGCAACUGUACGACGCCCUCUGCCUCCAGGAAUUCCCUUACUGCAGCGGCCCUGUGCGGUCUAGCGUUGUCAUCCUGCAGUCGGAAAUUGUGCCCAGACACUCGUCUUGCAUAAGGAAGACAGUGGAACUCCAAGAUAUCCCUGUAGGCGGCGGCGUUGACGUUUCCGUCCGGAACCACCAGUGGAUGCCGGCCCAUAUCAUCACUGAGCCCCCUCCGCCUUGAGUCGUCUCGUGGAUACAUUCAUCGCGAAGGUUUUCCCCGGCUAAUCGACGUACUCGUUGUCUCCCAUCCUUUCGGUCAAGGAUGAACCGGCUCUCGUCCGUGAAGACCACAUGUUGCCAAUGUCCUGGAUGAAGCCUUCUGUGCUCCCUAGCCCAAAGAAGACGAGCUACUCUGUGGCGAACAGACAGGCGUGGACAUUUGGUCAACCGUCGUGCUCGGUAACCAUGUUGGAGCAAUCUGCGAUUAACGGUUGAUCGGGAAACGUUGAUCCCAUGAUAUCUCCUCCACAAGCGACGAAGACGGCUCGUGGGCAAUUUCCGGUUUCUGCGGCUGAAAUUCAACAGUUGGCGAUUAUCUCUUCUUGUGGUCAAUCUGGGACGUCCUGGAGAUUUCCGUGGCCGCACAUUCCCCGCCUCACGUUGACGUUUCAGGAUCUUAGAGACUGCACUCUGUGAUAUCCCUAGGACUUCUGCGAAAUUAGUCUGCUUGUUGCCCUCCUGUCGCAGUGCUACCACUCUCUCGCGUGUUGCUGUUGCCGUUGGACCAGGCAUAGUCCAGGGAACGUCUCUACCGAUUUUUAUUUCAAACGGUACAAGGAACUCGAAAAAAUGCAACCUUCUUAUACACAGUGCUAAAUCAGGGAAAGGGACAGAAUAUCAUAUGCAUAGGCUUUUAUAGUCUACAACAAAAUAAUUUAUUACGUAAUCCAAAUUUCUCAUGUUAUAAUGUCACUUGUGUAAUGGGGAAACAUUAUGUAAUCACUCAAUUACCAUUUUGUCCACGAGUAGCCUUUCAAAUACCAACAAAACUGUCGAUUUUUAUUCAAAAAUAUUUUAUUCCACCUUUAUGACCAACAGUGUACAUUGAUCAUUAUAUGCAAACAAGCAUACAAUCAACUCUACUAUUUUUAUGUGCCCACUUUUCUCCAUUGUCAGCCCAUUCACAUGUUGUUAACCUCUAAAUCAUGGGGAUGUUUUUCCUUUUUAUGGGUUCAAGAUACGUAAUUGCUUAUUCACAAGUGAGUGUGAAACUGGUCCAUGUUAACUUUGCCAAAAUCCAAGAAUAUAGGGUAUGGAUUCAGAGCAGUUCUGGGGAGCGUUUCAUGAAAGGACUUGUCAGACGAUCUAUCCGGCAAUUCCUGCUUUAUCCGACAGUUACCAUAGUAACAGUGCCUCUUGACAAAUCAGAAUCAGGGAAAAUUAUUAUUCUAAUACUAUAUGGUUCAGUCAAGUUGGCCCUUAUUGUCAAAUCUGUAAUAAAUGAAAUAUUGUCUAAUUCAAACAAUAAAAUACAAAAGAAAUAGCGAGUGAGGGACAUAAUCAACUGUCUCAUUUGCAUAUCACCGAGUUGUGAAUUUUUUUUUUAAUCAUACAUUUAUUAUUGGUUCUUUUUCAGUGUACUAUGCCAUGGCAUUGGGCCAUUGGGGAAUUGUAUUUUUCUAUUAAGAUUGAUUAUGUUGAGAGAAAUUGACAAUCCAAUGAUUCAUCUCUUUAAUAUUAUUAUAAAGGUUACAAUCUGGUCCUUGUCUCAUAAUGAAUAUGAUUAUUGUAAUUAGUACCAAUUAAACCUUUUUGGAUACUGAGCCCUCUGGUAAUUAUCAUAAUGGCAAAGUUACCACAAUCUUACGUUUAUGAAACCGGCACCCGAUUUUUUAAAGAUUGUUAUUGGGUUUCAUAACCAUCCGUCCACAUUUACUUAACUUAUCUCUUUCAUUGAUAAUGACCAUUGUGCAAAUGAAAUGUGAUUGAGAUUGCAGAUAAUGUUGUGUUCCAACUUACGAUUCAAUAAUGUAAUUCUGAAAGAUAGAUGUCAAGAUUUUUACUUUGAAAUUAAAAAAAUCAUUCUUUCUAAUAGAAAA